AGUCACAACGCACAGCCCAAACAAUCCACGUUCCUCCAAGGUUAUUGAUAGUAACCAUCUAUCUUUGGUUACCCUCGGCUCGUUUCCUUGUCCAGGGUCCAGAUCCAGCGCCUUCAGUGUGGUACCGUUCAGAUCCCGAAAUCAAAGCACGGCCUCCUGCGUUAAGUAGUUUGAUUAAUCAAAUUAUCAUCAUGUCAACGUUCAAGAAAUGGACGGUCUCUGAGCCGUACAUCGAUAUCGCAGGGACCUUGUUGGAGGGGCCAUUCUAUGACGAACCUAGAAAUGAGUUUCGUUUUGUUGAUAUCUGGGAGCAGAAGUUCUAUGUGGUGGACUUAGCCAAAGGCCCAGACUCGUUGAAGACUAUUAAUACGUCUGCUUCAAUCGGGGUAACUGCCAACAUCAAAGAUUCUGGCGAUGCCUACAACGGCCAGAUAAUCGUAGCCGCAAAACAUGGGUAUGCUCUUCUCGACCGCGCCACGGGCCAGCUCUCGUACAUCUCCAAGGUUUGGGAUGACCAGAAGGACCCAGAAAGAGCCCGCAUAAUGCGUUUCAACGACGGGGCGGUCGACAGCCAUGGGCGGUUCUGGGCUGGUUCAAUGAAUGACCCCAAAGUGCAGUCCCCGGUCAACGAGGCUGUUCUCUUCCGACUGGACCCCGACAUGACGGUACACCGUAUGGUUGAAGGUCUGACUAUCCCCAAUGGGAUUGGCUGGAAUCAUGCGGACGAUACCAUGUACCUGACCGACUCACCCACUGGCAAAAUUUACGCGUUUGACUUUGACGCCCAAACCGGUGAGAUCAGUAACCGUAGAGUCCACUUUGAUUUGGGAGAGCCAAAGGAACCCGAUGUCAUCCGUAUCUCGCCGGAAGGGGAAGUCAUUGGAGAAGUGUCGCUUCCCACGAGAAACAUCACCUGCCCGAUCUUUGUGGGGACCGAACUACUCAUCACCACCGCCAAGGAUGACACCGAUGAUGAGCAGUUCCCGAACUCAAUCCGGUAUGGAGGGCGAGUCUAUAAGGUUGACGUGGGAAUCAGGGGCAAGCCCAAGAAUGAGUUUCGAUUCCAAAACUGA